GUGGUCACCUGUAUAAUGGUUUCUAUAACUUUCUUUUCGAUUGCAGGAUGGCUAACAUGUCGCCAGGUGCUAAACAUAAUGGUGAUCUUCGGGUUCAUGUUGAACUACGCGCUGCGGGUGAACUUCACCAUAGCGAUCGUGGUGAUGGUGAAGGCAGUCAAAAAUUUAACAGCGGGAACCGAUGACGAGGCACUGGCGCUCUUGGGCAACGGAACUUCAUUGGCCACGACAACGGAACAGAGCGUCAUUCCGGAGGAUGCAAAAUUCGAAUGGGAUGCUUACCAGCAGAACCUUAUGCUGGGAAGUUUCUUCUGGGGCUAUGUUCUGACGGAACUUCCUGGUGGACGUUUGGCUGAGGUUAUCGGAGGUCGUCGCGUGUUCGGAUACAGCAUGUUGUGUGCCAGUUUGCUGACGUUGCUGCUCCCGUUGGCUGCUUACACCGAUUACAUUGCCGUUGUAAUUCUACGAGCCGUGUUGGGUUUCUUCCUGGGAGCUUCUUGGCCAGCUAUCCAUCCACUGACCGCGGUUUGGAUUCCUCCGAUGGAUCGUUCCAAGUUUAUUGCUAACAUGAUGGCCUCUUCGUUGGGAGCCGCAGUGACUAUGCCUAUUUGUGGCUUCCUGCUGGACAAAGUCGGUUGGCAGUCAGUAUUUUAUGUAACCGGUGGAUUAGCUCUGGUGUGGUCAAUCAUUUGGUUCUUGGUAGUGUUCGAAACGCCUGCUGAGCAUCCACGCAUCUCGGCUGAGGAACGCAACGAAAUCGAAAGUGCCAUCGGUGCCAGCGUCAAGGCUAAGAAACCCACCUACGUUCCCUGGAAGUCGAUCUUCACUUCGCCACCAGUUUGGGCCAUUGUACUCACCCAUGGUGCUUCAGUAUUUGGUUUCUUCACAGUUGUGAACCAGCUGCCAACAUACAUGAAGUACAUUCUCAACUUCAACAUCAAAGAGAACGGUUUGCUCUCUUCGCUGCCAUAUCUAGGAAAAUACGUGAUGGCUGUUAUGUCUUCCCAUCUGGCCGAUCAUUUGCGCAAACAAGGCACUCUGUCGACCACAGCUGCUCGUAAGAUUUUCACCGCUUUCGCUGUUAUGACUCCCGGUUUCCUGAUGAUCGUUCAGGUGUACAUGGGCGAGAGUCGGGCUUGGGCCGUUUCGAUUUUCACACUGGCGCUGUUCCUGAACGGUGCAGUCACCGCUGGCUAUCUCGGCAAUGGUUUGGACAUUGCACCCAAUUUCUCGGGAACAAUUUUCGGCAUGGCCAAUACUCUGUCUUCCUUUGGCGGUUUCGUUUCGGCUUACAUGGUUGGCGUUUUGACCAACGAAAACCAAAGCUACGGCCAGUGGCAGAUCGUGUUCUGGAUUCUCGCCAUCGUUUACAUUGUUGGUUCGUCUGCGUAUCUGCUCAUGGGCACCGGUGAGCUGCAGGCCUGGAACAAUCCCCCGGAGAAGGGUGAUCACCGUGAGACUGAGGAAGGUGUACCAUUGAACCAACAACCAGCGAUCGCCAGCAAAUAAAUCUCAAUCAUUAUCCAACGGAAUGAAAGAAACGAGCAGAAUGGGAACCACGUGGAAUUCACUUGUUUCUUCAAAAAAGACGGUAGCUCGCGCGUGGAAAGAUCGCAUCACCUCCACAUGACGAUUACUUAUAACCGAUACUUAGUUGUUUUCCUGAGAAUCACACCUGUUGCUGCCAACUUUUUGGUAGAAGCCUGGACUUAAUUUUUUAAUGUGUUUUAUGUUUUUACGCGUAACAGCUUUCGAGUUGUACUAGAGCAAGUGAUUUGUAAGUUUUAUACAAGCAAAAAGUAAUCCUUAGUUAAGAUUUCAAAUAGAAAUGGUUUGCCUGAUUUGCUGUAGCAUUUAAUAAUUUAUUUUUUUAAGGUUUGUACGUUAUAGAAAGCAAAUCGACAGAUAGUAUUUUAAAGUCUUUUGGUAUGCUGUCUUUAAACAAAGCGAAAAAGAAAGUUAUUGGAGAUGUCUAAAUGUCCAGUUGUACAACUCACCGGUACGUAAAUUCACUCCAAAUGAAGGGACAAUAAUACUAGCCAAACCCACUAAAAGUUGUAGAUAUCCUCAUCACUAGCGAUUCAGGAUUCGAUCACUCAACAACACUGUUACAGAUUUUCAUGUUUUAGUGAAAACAUUUUUGUUUGAUUCGAAAAAAAAAAACAA